AUGCCAACUUAUGCUAAGUUUAUGAAGGACAUUCUCACAAAGAAAAGGAGGUAUACGGAUCAAGAAACCAUCAAUCUCGAUGCUUGUUGUAGCGUCAUCAUUCAAAGAACUCUCCCUCGGAAAGAAAUCAAUCAUGGGAGGGUUACAUUAGCUGUCACUAUAGAGAAUGUAUACAUUGGCAAAGUAUUGAUUGAUUUGGGUUCUAGCAUAAACAUGAUUCUAUUAUCCGUGGUUCAAAAGUUAGGUAACAUUGAAAUGAAAUCAACAAAGACGACAUUACAAUUGGCCGAUAAGUCUAUCACUCUUCCGCAUGGAGAGGUUGAAGAUGUUUUAGUUAAGGUGGACAAGUUCUUGUUUCCAGUUGAUUUCAUUGUUAUAGACAUGGAAGGUGAUGACGAUGCACCUUUGAUUAUAGGAUGA